CCUUGUGUAAUUUCCAAUGGAUUUAGGGUUUACGGUUAAAGUGUUGUCGAUUCAAUUGGGCCAUUGAGGCAACUCUACCUUUAUUUCCUCUUGUCCAUAAUAAUUUCAAUCAUGCUUGAAGGAAUCUCAGCGGGCUCCUCCAUAAUUUUCAAAGCUUCACUUUUACCGACCUACUUUCAUGGAGUUAAUGCUGGCAUAAUUUUCAAACUUGGGGCUUAGUGCCCAGCUUGCAUAAAGCCAACCAUUAUUGUCCGAGCAUCUAUUUUCAUCAACAAUCCAUUAUUGCCCAGCAAUAUCUUUUACAAGAACAAGAGAGUAAGAGACUACUUAGAACACUCUCUGAGAGUGAUUUUGAAAACCCCGGAAAGAUGUUUCUCGCUGAAUUCGCUGCCGGAGAAGUACUGAGUAAGGUGACUUCACUCUCUACUGAUGAAUUGAGACUCGAUAUCGUCUGGGGGUUCCGCAAAGAGAUAGAUAAGCUCAAAGAAACCUCAACCCUGAUUGGAGAUAUAAUCCAUGAUGCUUCUCAUGAACCUGAAGAUCCGGAACUGCGGGCAAGGGCCAAUUGGAUGAAGAAGCUUAUAAGCGUAGCUUAUAAUGCAGACGAUAUUCUGGAUGAAAUAGAAUAUGAGGUUCAGCGUAUCGUUAUAAAGGAGACAAGCCUAGGUAAGAAGAUACUCGGCUUCUUCUGCAACAAUCCUGUUGUAUUUCAUCUCAAGAUGGCACGCAAGAUUUACAACAUCAACACUUCCUUGGAGGGUCUCUACAAGCAAGCAGAUGGCGUGGGAUUCGUCAGAUCAAAUGGAGGUGCAGCAGCAAGUCAAGGUAGGCGGCACAGGGAAACAACCGCAUUCCCAGAGAAAAUUGAAUUCACCCAGAAAGAUGCAAAAUUUUUUGGAAGGGUUCAGGUUGUGAGAGAUAUAAUUGCAAUCUUGACCAACUCCCACAAUGAAGAAAAUAAUCCUUCAGUGAUGGCUAUUGUAGGAUUGGGAGGCCUAGGUAAAACAACUUUGGCUCGCUCAAUUACCCAGCAACUGAAAGAAGAUGAAAUGAAAAGGUACUUUGAUGCAACAUUCUGGGUGUAUGUAUCUAAUAUUUUUGAUGUCAACUCAAUUUUACAUCGAAUGGUGCAAUCAUGUGGCGUGACGGGAAUAGACUCUUCAAAUCAGCAAGUAUUGAUAGAAAACCUCCAGCAGAAGUUGAAAGACAAAAGGUUUUUUCUUGUACUUGAUGACGUUUGGAAUGAGGAAACUGAUAAUUGGAGUAUGUUGAUGGGUUGUUUGUCGCAACUAAAUUCUGCCAAGGGAAGCUCUGUGAUCGUCACCACCCGUAGUGCCAAGGUUGCAUCCAUAAUGGAAACACUUCCUAGGUGCGAUCUAGGGACUCUAUCGGAUGAUGAAUGUUGGUCCAUAUUGAAGGAUAGAGCAUUUGCGGAUCCUAAUGCUCCAAUACCUUCAGAACUAGAGGAAAUCGGAAGGGAUAUUGCCAAAAAGUGUGCUGGUCUUCCAUUGCCGGCAAAGGUUUUGGGAAGCUUGAUGCGUUCUAAGAACAGUAGCGACGAAUGGUUGUCAAUUCUGGAAAGUAAAAUAUGGCAAGUAUCAUCAAACAAAAACGAUAGCAGGAUCAUGUCAGUUUUGAGGUUGAGUUUUGACAAUUUGGAAUCACCAUUGAAACAAUGUUUUGCAUAUUGCUCGAUGCUCAAAAGAGGUUCCUCAAUUGAAAGAGAUAACCUGAUCCAACUGUGGAUGGCUCAAGGUUUUCUCCGUCCUUCUCAUGAUCUCCAAAGCCAGGGGAUUGAAAUGGAGGAUAUAGGCAGAGGGUAUUUUGUUGCUCUACUGGAGAGCUCCUUGUUUCAAGAUGCUAAAAAGGAUGAGGAUGGCGUUAUCACUGAAUCCAAGAUGCACGAUCUUGUGCAUGAUCUUGCAAUAGAAGUAUCCAAGUGUGAGAGCUUGACACCAGACCUCAAUCAUGAGAUGGAUGAUCAUGAGAUUCGACAUGUUGCAAUGAUUCCGAUUUCAGAACUAAAAAGGAUUCCAGAAACAAGUAUUUCAAGACUACGUUCACUCUUUUCAAGUGUCAAGGUCCUUAAUAUCAUUUUACCAAAGUUGAGAGCUUUACGGGUCUUAAGUUUCUGUGUGGCAGAGAACCAGGAGUCGCUAAAUUCACUUAGCAAGUUGAAGCACUUGAGGUAUCUAGAUCUUUCCCAAACAGAAAUUAAAGCACUGCCAAAGUCUAUUGGAAAGCUCUAUAACCUCCAAACAUUGAGAUUACCGAGGCGGCUCAGAAAGUGUCCAAAGGAGAUUCAAAAUUUGAUCAACUUGAGGCAUCUUUAUCAAGAUGGUAGAACAAUGAAAUUUGAGGCUGGAAUUGUGGGGCGAUUAACUAAAAUCCAAACAUUACCUCAGUUUAAUGUGGGUAAGGGGACCAAAUUACCCUGUUUUAAUGUGGGCAAGGGGACUGGUCCUGCAAUCGAGGAGUUGGGUGGGUUGAAGCAUUUGAGAGGCCACUUAUAUAUUAGGAAGCUAGAACAUGUAAGGGAUGGAGAAGAAGCAAAGAAUGCUUGCUUAGCGGAGAAGUGUCACUUGAGCGAGUUAACAUGUGACUGGACACCCGGUGAGGUACCUAAUGGCAAUGAGACGGAUGUACUAGAUGGCUUGAAACCUCAUCUUAAUUUGCAAAGCUUGAACAUUGAGUUUUUCAUGGGUGCUACACUUCCGUCAUGGAUAACGGGUCUCCAAAAUUUGAAGAAGAUUCGAUUAGUUUGCUGUGACAAUUGUGAAGGAAUCCCAACACUCGGCCAUCUACCUAAUUUAAGAUCUCUUGAAAUUAGUAUGUAUAAGCUGACACGUGUGGGAGCUGAGUUUUAUGGUUAUAGUGAUACUAGCACAACUUUAUUUCCAGCUCUGAAAACACUAUCCAUCUGGGGGUGCAAAGAUCUCAUUGAAUGGACGGAAGCACCGAGGAUAUCAGCUGAAGGAGAAGUUGUGGUAUUUCCUUGCCUCGAAGAGUUGGAUCUCAGGUGCUGUCCUAAAUUGAGAAAUGCUCCGAGUCGUUUUCCACGUCUCAAGAGGUUGGUGAUGCAUGAAAUGGGUAACAGCGUGCCAAUAGAAAAUAUAAGCACUCAACUUACCACUCUCACUUACCUCGAAAUAAGUCAUGUAAAGGGACUCACUUGUCUACCAGAAGGGAUGCUGAACAAUAACAAUAGUCUCACACAUUUAGAGGUAAGGUUUUGUGAUGAGUUGACGUGUAUUGCUGUUGAUGUAUCUGACACGCUCCCUCUUCUUGAGGAGUUGAGGAUAGAGUGGUGUCUCAGCCUAAAGUCGAUUCGGAUCACACAGGGCAUGGCAUCUCUCCGUCAAUUGAACAUCUCUUGGUGUGAGGGAUUAUCAAGCCUAGAGGUUGGGCUCGAUUACUGCACCUCUCUUCAGGAGUUGGUGAUAACUGUUUCCCCUAAACUGGUUUCAAUUCCAACCGCACAGGGCAUGCCAUCUCUCCAGAAAUUGUGGAUCCGGGCUUGUGAGGGAUUAUCAAGCAUAGGAAGUGGGCUCAACUACUGCACCUCUCUUCAGGAAUUGGAGAUUCGGCAGUGUCAUAAUCUAACAUCAAUUCCAAUCACACAGGGCAUCACAUCUCUCCGAAGGUUGACGAUUCUUUGUUGUGAGAGAUUAUUAAGCCUACCGAGUGGGCUCCAAUUCUGCACCUCUCUUCAGCAUCUGGAAAUUGGUCCGUUGUGGGAGGAGCUUCCACCACCACAUGAUUCACAAAAUUUGAUCGGACUAGAAGCUCUUCCUGAGUGGUUGGGAAAUCUUACAUCUCUUGAGGCUCUAAAGAUCUAUUAUUGUGAGAAUCUCAAGUAUCUACCUACACAAAAUGCUAUGAAAAACCUCACCAAAUUGAAGCGUCUCGUUGCUAUAAGAUGUCCCCUGCUCAAAGAAACAUGCCAGAUGUUGACUGGCUCAGAAUGGUCCAAGAUUUCUCACAUCCCAGAUGUUGACUGUAAUUUUUUUAACCAAAUCAAUCUAUUUUCAUUUUCUUUUCUUUUUUCCUACAAAUUUAUUUCUUAUUAUGUCUCAUUUUUCAUCUUUCUUAACUCAGUGUUAUGAAGCUACGGAAUGCCUGCCUUACUGAACUAGAAUGUCUGUUCACAUUACAAGGUUAAUCAAUUCCCAAUUGCCAGAAAUUUAUCCCUAAAGCAGGCAGGCUCUAUCAUACUUGACGGGAACAUCAAAUGAUGCUGAAUAGGUGAUGAUCCAGUCCCAGUAGUUCAAUCACCCAUGUACGGCUUGUCUGCUGUGUUUCAUUGAAGAUAAGGUGUUAAUCAGCAUUGGCUAUGAGAAUGACAAAUUGAGAAGUAUCCACCUAUAGUGGAAGCUAUGCAAACAAAAGAUGAGGACAGCUGACUUCUAAUAUUCCAAAGGUCUGGAUUGAAGCUAUGAGAGACCUCCUUAAACUAGCACAGUGGGAUGUUCAUGGGGUUCAAGUUCCAGGGGAAACAUGUGCCUUGAGUGUUUAAAUAUCAGUUGUGCAUGAUUACUUCCAUUGAUGUUUUAAAUUAAACCAGUUCCUAAAAUCAUUGCCGCUCUAUCCUGUUCAAAUGGAAGAACAGCUUACUUGACAAGGUGCAGACUAAGUUCAGAUUGUCCCAAGGAUUAAGGAACUGGAGCACCAAAUUCCUGAUCUGAGGUGGCUGCAGUUUGUUUGGCUCUCGCAAAGGCUGGUAACUUUGCCCUAUAUUUAGAACAAACUCUUGCAUCUUGGAUAAGCCAUUUAGUCAAGCUUGCAUGGUUUCUAGGAAACAAGCCUUCUAUUAUCUGCGAGCUAUAUGAAGAACCUCCUGUCGGAUUUCGCAUUUUUGUGCUGUCUUGGUGUUUCCAUGAAAGCUUAACGAAUGGAGCAACAAACAAGUCCUGGAGGACCUGGACAAUUUGAUACGGUGGGCUUGUGUAUGAGUUACUCAUAUAUGGUUUGCAGCUUAUUGUGAGCAUCUCGGCACUUGUCAUACUUUCAAGUAUCAAGCCAUAUUUCUGAGAUAUGAGCAAUUAUCCAGGCAAAAAUGGCAUCAGCUGUUGUAGUCUAAAAUAUUCUUAUGUUCUUUGAGCGUUAGUCUCUUGGUUGAUAAUUUUCAUGGAGAGAACUGAGAUAAAAGUGUUUGUGAGCUUUGGGUGUAAUUGGGGCCGGUUCUCUGUUGUGAAUGGUUGAGAGAAAGUGCGAGAUUACAUAACAAAGAACAUUUUAUUUUGACAUUUGUGGCUUAUUGCCGUGGACAAAUUGGGGUGAAUCACGUUAAAACGUUGCCUCUUUGUUGAUUGUGGUGUUCUGUAUGAUUCUAGAUUUUUCUCUUAAUAAAAUGGGUGCGAACUUGGGCUAGGAAUACGAAUUGGUAAAAUUCCAAGCAUGUA